AAUUCUUCUGAGAGCCACAAUUGUGCCAAAAGCAUCUUGACCUCAGACAGGCUGCAGAUUGUUGUGACCCUUUCGGACUUCUUUAAUGAAACCUGGGAGGCAGCCAACUGUGCAAAUUGUUUGAAGAACAACAGUGAGGGAUUAUCAAAUUCUACUCUAGAAUUCCUGGAUUUAUUCAAUAAAUCUCUGACAUGUUUUGAACAUAACCUUCAGGGACAAACCAUUUAUCUUUCACCAAAUAACUACACAGAAGUGUGUAAAAACUGCAACGAAACCUACACAAAGCUGAAUGACCUGUAUAACAACUUGCAGAGGAUGAACAGGCAGGGUGGUGAGUCCGGGCACUCCGCACACCUGUGCAUCGAUGUGGAGGAUGCAAUGAACAUCACUCGGAAGCUUUGGAGCAGGACUUUCAACUGCUCUGUCCCCUGCAGCGAUACAGUCCCAGUGAUUGCAGUUUCAUCCUUUAUCCUCUUCCUACCUAUUGUUUUCUAUCUCAGCAGCUUCCUUCACUCGAAGCAGAAGAAACGGAUACUCAUUCUGCCCAAGCGCAUCCAGUCAAAUGCCAGUCUUGUGAACAUCCAAGAAAAAUACAGCUGAGCUGUGAAACAAAACCUGAGAACUGCUGCUGAGGAGAAGUGAGGUAAAGUCAAGUCACUGGAGAUGCCGAGUUUUCUGGUCUAGAGCUUGCUUUGGCUUAAUGCAGGGGUGUUUACAGGAACUGUAUGGGGAAAAGUUACCUUUCCUAGGUAACUUGUAUUGGAGCAGUAAACAAACCAGGUUCUCUAACUUCAAAAUUGUUCUGAAGGACAAUGAAUACUAUGUUGGGAAUUGGUGACUUUCGAGAAAUGGUUUAGAAACAUUGCUCCUGUGAAGCAGAUGGAUGUAAACAAACUCAAGUUGCAGGAGCCCAAAGCUGAUGGAGAAAUUGGUGCA